CACACGACGUGAACGCCGCACAAAACGACAGCAGGCAGAGGUGAAAAGUCUGGAUCAUGUUUUCAUUCCAGCGGAGGCGUACUUGAACGACAAAGGACAUUGUAAAUAAAGACCAAGGAGGCGGUUAGCAGAGCACGUCGAGGUUCUGUCUACAAAGAGAAGACAUUAAUGUUGUUGUUAGCCAACCAGCUAGCACAAGCUGAAAUUUGUUAGCUAGCUAACGGAGGACCCUGUUAGCCAACCGCCACCAUCAUCGCUCCUAGCCAGCUGUGCAUCGCCCUGUCUUCCUACGAUGGGAAACGCAGCAACUGCCAAGAAAGGCAAUGAGCAAGAAAGCGUGAAAGAGUUCUUAGCUAAAGCCAAAGAGGAUUUUUUAAGAAAAUGGGAAUGUCCACCACAGAGCACAACUGGCCUGGACGACUUUGAUAGGUUUAAGACUUUGGGCACUGGCUCUUUCGGGCGAGUUAUGCUCGUCAAACAUAAAGGAACAAACCAGUUCUACGCCAUGAAGAUCUUGGACAAACAAAAAGUUGUGAAAUUGAAGCAGAUAGAACACACACUAAAUGAGAAGAGAAUACUACAGGCCGUGUCCUUCCCCUUCCUCGUCAGAUUGGAGUACGCUUUCAAGGACAACUCAAACCUCUACAUGGUGAUGGAAUAUGUGCCCGGUGGAGAGAUGUUCUCACACCUCAGACGUAUUGGAAGGUUCAGUGAACACCAUGCAAGAUUUUAUGCAGCUCAGAUAGUACUCACCUUUGAGUACCUUCACUCCUUAGACCUCAUCUACAGAGACCUGAAGCCUGAAAACCUGCUCAUAGAUCAACAUGGGUACAUCCAGGUCACAGACUUUGGCUUUGCCAAAAGAGUAAAAGGCAGGACCUGGACAUUGUGUGGAACGCCUGAGUACCUGGCUCCAGAGAUCAUCCUCAGCAAGGGCUACAACAAAGCUGUGGACUGGUGGGCACUUGGAGUUCUUAUCUAUGAGAUGGCUGCUGGUUAUCCUCCCUUUUUUGCUGACCAGCCUAUCCAGAUCUACGAAAAGAUUGUGUCUGGCAAGGUACGAUUCCCCUCUCACUUCAGCUCCGACCUGAAGGACUUGCUGAGAAACCUGCUCCAGGUAGACCUGACAAAGAGAUUUGGCAACCUGAAGAACGGUGUGAAUGACAUCAAGAAUCACAAGUGGUUCUCCACAACAGACUGGAUUGCUGUCUAUGAGAGAAAGGUUGAAGCCCCCUUCUUGCCAAAGUGCAGAGGACCAGGGGAUACGAGCAACUUUGACGACUACGAAGAGGAGGACAUUCGCGUCUCACAAACAGAAAAGUGUGCAAAAGAGUUUGCUGAGUUCUAGUGAGUGGGCAAGAGUCCCAUCAGGGCUCACAUGUUUUGGGAUAUUUGCACUCUCCUGAGGGUUAAGGUGGAACUGAGGCCGUCACAUGUUCAAAACCAACGCCUCAUUCCUUCAUUCCACACGGCUGAAUGAGGUCCUUCUUGCCAUAAUCCUGCGUGCAGUUAGCACUAACCUAUACACAGGCACAUUAUGCAGACACCCCUUGUGCUGCAACACAAAAAUACCAGACCACGUCCUCAUCUUUUUUUUUAUUUCUUUCGUUUUCUAUGUUGUCCUCCCUACUCUUUAUUUCAGUUCAGAUAAUCAUUUGAAAAGCAACAUGAAAACAAAUAUUACUCCAAUUUUCAAGUGGCACAAAGAGUGAUUGAUUGUAUUAGCUGGUAUUGCACAUUUUGUGAUAUAAGCUUUGGAAAAAUAGAAGGUUUUUUAACAUUGUUUUGCCAGUUGUCGUUUCUUACAUGCCUGAGUGUGUUUUAGGGUUCAGUUUAUUACUCAAUCAUGAACACCUUAACAUUAACCAUUACUCAUCAUUCUGGUGUCCUAAAGACCUACAACCGUGUAUUUGUGCAUAUAGAAAUAUACAUAUAUAAGACAUACGAUUUGAACACUUUGUUUUGUUAAAGCAUGACCAAAAUUCAAUCAAAGAAAGCAGUGUUCAGAGAAGGAAAAGAAACACUGAUGACUUCUUGAAGUUUCUGAAGUUUUAGCACUCGGGCAUUUGAUUCUUGAAGAGGCUGAUUAACAGUGACAAGUGUUAUUGUGAAGCAGAAACUUGUCAGUGCUGUAUUAGUUGAUCAGUUGUAGCAUCUUUUUAAUCCAUAUCUGGUCACAGGACAUUUCCUUUUACCUCAGACUAGGUGUGGUAUUAAAUGAAUGGAGCGAAACUAUAUAUUUUUCAGGUACAACUUUCACAAGAAUGGAAACUGAUGAGGUUUGAGUAUGUGACUCCACACAACAGGCCAUCUGUCUUUGGUACGUCCAAAAAAUACAUGAAGUGCAUUGACAUGGCAUUUUUCAGUAGCUGAAAGGUCAGUUUGCUCGAUUUUCAUGAGGGCGCAGUGUCGUGGAAACGAAGCAGUGUUGGUCACGUGGACAUAUUUUGUCCAUUUGGGGAUUUUACUUUUUGAUUUGGUUUUUAACAGCUUAUUGUGCUUUAGCAGAGCACUCAGAAGACCAUUGUGUUACUGCCAUAUUUGCUUUUGUUUUGUUUUGUUUUUUUCAAUUUUACUUUUGCAUGUUUGUUACGUUUGUACAGCAGUGUCACAACAAGCUAAUAGUGCCCUAAAAGUGUUCCCAUCAUUUUUUGUUGUUGUUUGUUUUGUUACCUUGAAAUUGUUUCAUAGCCUGGGACAUUGAUGCAUUAGAUAGGUACUUUUUAUCUGAGUGACAUAUUCCUCUGCAUAGUCCAGUGAAAGCAAAACUAAACCAUGAACACUUACACUUUAACCAUAAAAUAAUAACAAAAAACAGAACUAUCAUAACCUUAAAGUAUUCAUUCAUCUUGGUCACGGACUUGUUUGAACCAUCUAUUUACUGCAGUUACAGCUCGUAGUCUCUUCGCAUCAUUUUCUAAAGAAUUUGCACACUGUGAUGGAGCAAUAUUUGCUCAUUCUUCCUUGCAAAAUUGCUCAGGCUCAGUCCGGUCAGUUGCAGAACGUUAAUGGACAAAAAAUGCUGUAGUCUUGUCUCCGAUUUUCAAAGGGAAUAAGGUCACAAAUCUGACUUUGGAUUUUUUUUUUCCUUUCAUCCUAUUGUCUACACAUAUUUAACACAGAUUUUGUCCCCCUCAUUAGGGAUUUUUCUACACUGGGCACCAUUCAUUCCCAUAAUUCUGACACAUCGCCUGUCCAUGCUGCUGACAUGUAGUCCCUGCCUCCGCAAACUCCUCACCAGCAUGACAGGUUGUUGUAUUUAAAAAAAAUCUGUAUGUCAAAGGUUCAAUACGUACAAGGUGUCUACUUGUUGAACUUCCAAAUGUCAUAAAAGCUCUGCUUUUGUGAUCCUUUGAUUCCUUUUAGAAGGCAGUUUGACUCUGCCGUCUGCGGGGAAGUCAGAGAUUGAGGUCAUUUCUACAGGUUGGACACUCAGGGUUGUGGGGAAAUCAAAGUUUUACAUUUUACACCUUGUUACAAACAAUAAUGCAUUGUUGGCAGUCUUUCAAUUCAAUGUCUAUUAAGUCUUUGGAAGUUUUGAUCAUUAUUUGACAUGGUGCUCAAGUCCUUGUUGAUGAGGAAAAAUGCAAUUUAAACAAGUUCAACAAUCUUAGUCAACCAAAUGUGAAGAGGACUGAAUGCUUCUUUUUUUUAGGUACUUAUGUACUGUUUAUGGCCUGAAUUGUUUUUUUUUUUUUUUUCCUAGAUUGAGCACAUGAUGUGACAUUUUAUUUAGCCCUAAUUUCAUUUCAAAAGGCACAACUGUUUCUUAUGCUAUUUUUAUUUAUAUUUACAGAUGUCUAAUGAAAUAACAUUUUAAAUGUUUAAACUUGCAUAGUUCUCAGUAUAUAAGGAGACUCCAAAUGUAUAAUUCACAAAAGUGUUAUAAACAGUGAAUAUAUUGGAUUAUUUAUUUUUACAUCUUUUUUUCAUCCUCCCUUAUGAGAAUAAAACAUUUAUAGAAUAAAACUAUUUACCACAGUUAAUGCACACUGAUGCCUCUCAUGCCUAUUUAAAAUUCUAGCCUAUUCUUUUAACUUAUUUUGUUCUUUAUUUUAACUUAUUUUUUUCUUUAUUUUUUCUUUACCUUUCUUCUUUAAUUAGAAAAUCAACUUGGAUCAAACAUUAUAUUCCUAGUUCAAAGGUUGAUCAGAAUGUAAUUGCAGAAUCAAUGGCAUUUUUUUAUUUGGACAAAGUUUGAAAACUACACCUGGGAAUUCAGCAUGUUUCAGUCCAAACUGCCUGUGUGUAAAUCUUCCCAGAAGGUGUGUAGGAAAUCCACAGCUCUUCUUAUGUGUCAUUUAUCCCCACCCAUGUGUGUAAUAAUGUUUGUCAUAUUUGAUGUAAAUGAUGGCACUUUUCCCUGAGCCACUUCACACUCCUGACUGAAGGAAAUCAGUUUAUGAGUUCUUCGUAGCUAGUCACACAUGCCAGUAUGGGAUCAAUAAUCUGAAAUGUGUCUGUAUUUAGUUUGUGGGAUAUUUUGCACAUCAUUUAGACGGCUGACACGUUUUUCCCACCCAUAUUUACUUGUGUUUGCAAGGGGAAUAUACUUUGCUGUAGCAGAUUUUAUGUAACAAAGGAUAUGUCACUAUAAUAAAUUCUUUUUAUUAAAAACUA